CAUUUGAGUGACGAAUGUCGACAAAUCGAAUAUUUCUAAUUUUCUGAAGGUAUGAAGAAAAGACAAAACCAACUGUUUUUGAAGGAGAAUAAACAUAGAAUAAGAAUUUCCAUAACUUUAUGAUGUGCUCUCUUUCAGUACUAUCCGUUUUCUGCAAUACAUAGCUAGACAUGUUAUAACCUCAAAAAUUCACAGUAAUGAUAACAAAAAAAACCACGUAAGUUUUCGUGCGAUGAAUAUAUUUGUUAUAAUAAUAUCGGUGCUUUUAUCUGUGAUAUGCGUGUUACUAGCUUUACUGCAACAUUAUUACUUUAUUAACAAAUUGUACAAGACGCACUCGAUAAAAUCUGAUGUUCCCGCAUUUGAGGACCUAAUUCCUUCAUAUAGAUAUAGUAACGAUUUAAAUUAUCCCGUCCAAACUGUGGAAGACAAUGAUGACAUGGUUUUAAAUGAUUUAAACUCUGUCCUUUCGCAACCAAAGAAAACUGAUGAAAUAAAUAUCAUAAAAACUGACAAAGCUGCUGGCACUGAUUCAGAAGUAUACAAUACUCUGCAAGCUGCUAUUGCAUUUAAAUUAUCUGGGAAAAGUCAUAAAGCUAUGAAAUUAUUUGAACAUGCAGCAGCUAUAGCACCAGAAAAUGCAGAUGUUUUGAACUGGUAUGGAGAAUUCUUAGAACAACAACAUCAGGAUGUUGUUACAGCUGAUGAAUUAUAUUUUAAGGCUUUGACAUAUUCUCCUGAUCAUAAAGCUGCUCUUAUGAAUCGCCAACGUACAGCACCAGUUGUUGAAGGCCUAGAUUAUAAAUUAUUUACAACUAUAGAUGCUAGAAAAGAAUUUCUGAAACGUAGGAUGAAACUUGAUACUUUCGAUACUGUUAAAAAACAAGCAUAUUAUCUACAUAUAUAUCAUACAGUUGGUAUUGAAGGCAAUACAAUGACCGUAGAACAGUUGCGAUAUUUGUUAGAAACUGGACAAGUCAUAACUGGGAAAAGUAUAGUUGAACACAAUGAGGUGCUAGGUUUAGAAAAGGCUAUGCAGUAUAUUAAAUUAUUGGUGAGAAGUGAUUACAUAGACAUUAAAGAAAUUUUGGGAAUUCAUAGGCGAGUUAUGGGACAUGUCGAUCCAAUAUCUUCUGGUGUGUUUCGUGAUGAGAAAGUUUUUGUGGGCAGUCAUAUGCCUCCGCCACAUGAUCAAGUUCCAUUAUUAAUGGAGAGCUAUGUAGAGUGGCUGAACUCUGAGGAAGCUCAAAGUAUGCAUCCAGUUCGCUAUGCUGCUCUAGCACAUUACAAGCUAGUCGAUAUUCAUCCAUUUGUCGAUGGAAAUGGACGCACCAGCAGGCUUAUAAUGAAUUUAAUUUUGCUCAAGGCUGGAUAUCCCCCCAUUAUGGUUCUUAAAGAACAAAGAGAGAAAUAUUACGAUGCUUUAAAAACGGCUAAUAUGGGGGAUGUCCGACCAUUUGUGAGGUUUAUAGCACAAUGCAUGUUACAGAUAUUAGAUAUGUAUAUAUAUGGAACAGGUUUUUUAUCAAUUGAAGGGAUUACUGAGGAUGAUAAACAAAUAGUAAAUUAUAGUUAAAAAUUAUAAUGAUCAUUGUGUAACCCUACAUGUUUUAUAAAUAAUCACCAAAUUGUUGAAAUGUCUAGAUAAGUUUUACAUUGAAGUUGCAAAAUGUACGGAAAUUUAUAUGCUUUAAGUUUAGGGCCAGUUUUUCAGUCAUAGUAAAUUCGUUCAUCAAUUAAAUUAAAAGCAGGCUCUUAAUUUAUGAUAUACGGAAAAGUAUUUUCAGCAUAACUUGAAUUCUGAAAAGAAAGAUAAAUCUCCAUUUGUUAUUAUGUAAUUAUCUUUUUGGAAGCUCUAUUUAUGUAAUAAAACAUUAAUAGGUGACAGAAAAACACUAAAUCUUCCCUGCUAAUAUAAUUUCGACUACAGACUGUGUUAUAGAAGAGGUAGGUAUUUAAAUUUUAUUUUAAAUAAUUUAUUUUUAUUUAUUACAAAACAUAUGUGUUAAAUA